UUGAAACUUUUUUGAUAUUUCAAUUUACAUGUGUAUAAUCAAUAACUUAGCUACUAACUAUCAAGUUAUUGGCUUUGCUUUUUAGUGUUUAAUGAGUUAACCUGAUUUAAAAGGUUCCAAUAUUCUACAUGAAAUUUAUAAUGCUUAAUUAUUUCAAUGAUAAAAAUGGAAAAUAAAUAUUUUGCAUGGGAUGAUGUUUCAGAUGGAUUAAUUUUAUUGAGUGCACAAAGAGCAGAAACUAAGGAAGUUCAAAAAAUAACAACAAAAUUUGGUGCUGUUCAUGAUUCAAAUGUAUAUUGUCCACAUGCAUAUUUAAUUUUAAAUUUUAAUGAGACUUUAAGUGAGCGUGAAAAGUUAAAAUUUAGAAGAUAUUAUUUAAGGAAGACAUUACCAAACCAACCAGAUGUUAUUAUCUUACAAGAUAUAAAGGAUCUUGUAAUAUUUUUGUUAAUCAGUCCUGUUAGUCCUCAGUUUAUAAAAUUUUUUCAUAUGCCAAUUGUUGAUCGUUUCCUAAGAGCUCUGAUAAUUUAUUUUCAAUAUUAUGUGAUAACAUGGGAAGAAUUAAUAGCAGAAUAUGCAGCUACUAUAAAAAAAGCACCAAAUCCUCUAGCUCGAGGUUAUAGAUCUAGCUAUGCAGAAGAAAUGCAAAAUCUUCGUUGUGUCUUAGGUAGAGAAUAUGCUGAUUUAAUAGUAGGUUGUCAAGAUAACAUUCAGUACCACCACAUGACUGGUGGUAAAAGAGGAUCUUCAUUUUUAGUUCAAUCAGAAGGAGAAAAAGAUUUAAGGAUAUUUGAAACAUUAAUUUGUAUAGCACAUCGUGUUGUUUGGAUAGCAUUACAACGUAAACACUUUAAUUUGAUUGAAAUUGAAUUACAUAGAUUGUUUAGAACAAAAUCAUAUAAUAUGGCAGAAAGACAAAGCAGUAAUCAAUCUAUGCAAAAGAUGUUGAUGGAGGACAUUGAAAUAUUACAGGGUCGAAAGUUACAGGUGAAAAGGAAAUUAUUACGAAAUUCUCCAUUAAUACAAGAGUUAAUAUAUUCUAAUUGCGACUACCGCCUGUUAGCUUUAGGAGAUAAUACAGACGACGACCGAAUUCUUUAUUUACAAAACGCUUUACUUAUUGAAGAAGAAAAAUUGCAUGAACUAGGAAUUAAAAUAGGAAUUCUUGGAGAUAAUAGAGCUAAUUAUAACAUAAUGUUGAUGCCAGUUGAAGAAAUCGAGGUUGAUAAAAUGCAAUUAUCUGAGAGAAAAAAGUAUGAAGGAGAAAGUAUAAAGGAUACAUCGCAAAGUGAAAUACUUAUAACAACUCAAAGACUUCCACCGUUUCAAACAAAGUAUAAAUUAUCUCCAGAUUUUCCACUUAAGGAAAUUAAUAUAUCACCGCGAGGAUACAAAACUAUCCGUGUAGAAGCAAGAAAGAAAUGGUUUAAAAGAGAAAUUAAACGUCGAAAACUUAAGCAAAUGGAUACACUAUCAAUAGGGACAAUGUUAGACUAAACUUUUACUAAAAAAUCUCAGUUUAAAAAUAUUUAAUUUCAUGAUAAUUCAUAUCAAUAAUAAACCUCUUUUGUUUUAUAAA